AAAAAAAAAAAAAAAAAAAGGGUGGAUGGCGUGACUUGAGUAGGCCUCAGCAUGAAUACUGAUCAGAUCAAACAACAGAAUUCGCCCAGGAAAACAAAUGAUGAUAAAUUUCUUAUUUGUUCUUUUGUUCAAGUCUUGAUGAGGACAAUGGCAUUAUCUCGAUUUCUUUUAUGCCACUUUUCGUUUUUGGAACAAAAAGAUUUUCCGUUUUUGAAUGCAUACUGUAGAAUCAUUUGGUAAAUAGGCUAUACAUAGUUAAGACACAUCAGAGAAUAUCAAGUGUUGUUGAUUGGGCGUUGUUAUAACAGAAUCGUCAAAGCGGUUUUGGAAAUAACGUUGGCAUAAACCCCCUUUUUUUUUCAAUGCGUUUUCUGAUUCAUUUAUCUUUCCAGGUGUCGAUUGCUUUGUCUUUGAAUCUUUACCGUAGCUCCAGCGAUACGUCCGAAUUGGACAUACUACGAGUUGGCCAUAGUGAAGAAUCAUCCCAAACCCACACAGUACGUGUCUGGGCAACGAUAUUUCUGGUGAACAACACCUUCAUACUGGCCCCAUCCCCAUCUGUUGAAUUUGGGACAAGAACCAUAGAAAGCCAUAUCACACACACUUGGUCAGAUGUCUCGCUCGUCUUGUUGCCGAGGGUGAGUCAAGCACACUAUAGAAGGCAACAACCGCUUCAAUGAAAACUAUCUUUUGUCACCUUUACUUUAGUUUGCGGGAUAAUUAAAAAAAAA